CAAUUUUGUAAUCUGGCUUAUACUUAGCCGGUACUUCCUGUUUCUUCUUUUGGGAUUUGGAUAGGCUCUUCUCCCCUAUCUGUUCUAAGGAGCUUCUGGUCAUGGCGUCCUCCUCCAUCACUUCGAAUUUUUAUACCAGGUUCGAGAACCCUAUUCCAUAAAGCUUCGAUUUCCUUUGUUAGUGGUAGUAAUUUUGUGGAAAGGUUCUUGCUUGGCGCUCGGUUGGCUUCACAUCUCAGUUUCUGUUGAACGUUUCUGGCUAGCUAAAUUACUGGAAUAUAGCUUGGGAUUCUCAGCAAUCUGAGAUCUGUGUUUUGGGGCGAGAGUAGCAGAAUCUGUGUAUCUCACACUCCAGUUUCUCGUUUGAGUUUCCCGAGGAGGAGUAUCGAAUGUAAGGAGUCAAGAAUCGGUAAGCUGCCGAUUCAAGUUCCAGAGAAUGUGACAAUCACAUUGGAAUCCCAGGAACUGAAAGUCAGGGGACCUUUGGGAGAACUCUCUAGGGUUUACCCCUCGGAAGUCAAGCUCGAGAGGCAAGAGGAUGGAACCAUUCGUGUUAAGAAGGCGACGGAGACCAGAAGGGCCAACCAAAUGCAUGGACUUUAUAGGACACUUACCGACAACAUGUUGGUGGGAGUAUCGAAGGGGUUCGAAAAGAGGCUUCAAUUAGUCGGAGUUGGUUAUCGUGGAACAGUUGAAGGAAACGACUUGGUUUUAAGUCUAGGGUUUUCUCAUCCAGUUAGGAUGAAAAUUCCGGAUAACUUGAAGGUGAAGGUGGAAGAGAACACCAGAAUCAUAAUCAGUGGGUAUGACAAGUGUGACAUUGGCCUGUUUGCUGCUUCGAUUAGGCGAUGGAGGCCCCCCGAGCCGUACAAAGGUAAGGGUGUGAGGUAUGCUAAUGAGGUUGUGAGAUUGAAGGAAGGAAAAGCAGGGAAGAAGAAGUAAAUGAUUGUUUUCAUUGUUUCUUUUUGGUGUUUUUGUACUUGUAUUCGUGCCGGUGUUUCACCAGCAGUAUGAAUGAUAACUCUCACAGAAGGUAACGAACAAAAUCAAUCCUGAGAUUAGUUUCUUCAGUGUAUUAUUUAAUGACCUCCAACUCCAUGUUCUUAUGAUGGUGAAAACUCGAGAACUUCCUCUGUUCUACAUGCUC